UGAAGGUUUCCAACUUCCCGUGCCGCCGCCGCCGCCUCCUCCUCGGUCACCAUGCCGCGUCUGGCCCAGCUCCUCGUCUCGCUCCUCACCGCCGUCAGCGCCGCAUCCUCCGCCUUCAUCGUUCCUCCCAAGAAGAUCGCUGUCAUCGGCGCUGGCAUCGGGGGCUGUUCGUCUGCCUUCUUCCUGCGGAAGAAAUUCGGCCCCGAAGUGAUCAUUGAUGUUUUUGAAGCAAAGCAGGUGGGCGGGCGGAUUGCCACCAUCACGGUGAACGAGAAGGUUUACGAGACGGGCGCCUCUAUCAUACAUCCCCUCAACUUGCACAUGCAGAGCUUCGUCAAGGACCUGGGUUUGAAGCAAAGGAAUGCUGUUCCAGGAGAAAAGUUGGGAAUUUACAACGGAGAGCAAUUUGUGUUUGAAGAAAGUAGUUGGACAGUCAUGGAUGCCAUCCACCUCAUGUGGCGUUAUGGCUUGAGUUAUCUCCGAAUGCAGAUGUGGGUAGAGGAGAUCUUGGAUAAGUUUCUCAGGAUCUACAAGUACCAAUCACACGGAUUUGCAUUCUCGACAAACGAAGAUCUGCUGCUCGCUUUGGGCGGAGAGGCGUUCAUUGAAUUGACAAAGCACUCGCUGGAAGAGGUCCUCGGGGAUCGCGGCGUCUCCCAGCGCUUUCUUCAAGAGCUCGUUGGAGCUGCCAUCAGGACCAACUACGGCCAGUCGCCCAACAUCCACGCCUUUGUUGGAGCAGUGUGCCUGGCUGGUGCUCAGCCUGGCCUCUGGGCUGUAGAAGGUGGCAACAGUCUGGUGUGCACGGGGCUGUUGUAUGCUGCAAAAGCACAGCUGCAACUUGCCAGGGUCACCUCUAUUUCCUUUAAAAAACGCCCAGUUAGAAAAGGUGGAGAAGUGAGCCUGUAUGAAGUUGGAUACGAGAGUGACUUGGGCAAUGGACAUAACCUUUAUGAUCUUGUCGUGGUGGCUACUCCACUUCAUGAACAACUGUCAAAUAUUACAUUUGAAGGUUUUAUCCCACCUAUCACUACCUUCCCAGGUUCCUAUCACCACACAGUGGCUACCAUUGUGCAUGGCUAUGUCAAUACCUCAUAUUUUGGCUUCAAAGAUCCAACAUCAUUCUCAAUAAGCGAAAUAAUGACCACCGAAGACUCUGACCUUUUCUUUAACAGCUUAGGUAACCUCUCUCCUGUCAACGCAAGUGCGGACUAUCAGCGCAAGCCCUUACACGAGUCUGCCGUAUGGAAGGUUUUUUCGAAAAAACCUCUUGAUCGGCAGCAGCUCAAAAUGCUGUUCCGCACAUAUUACUCGGUUCAGGAGGUCGACUGGCUUGCUUACCCACAAUAUAACUCAUUGCCUUCUUCAGGCAAGCUGCCUCCUAUUGUUCUGCAUAAUUCACUUUACUAUAUCAAUGGACUGGAGUGGGCUGCAAGCGCAAUGGAGAUGGCAAGCAUUGCUGGCCAGAAUGUGGCCCUCCUUGCCCACAGCCGCUGGAAUGGCCUUGAUGAUCGUGUUGAUCAAAUGGACCUGAUGCACCGUAUUAAAACGGAGCUCUGAUCCCCCAAGGCAAGGCUUAAUAUGACCUGAAUAAUACGCAUAACCCUGCGAGCUGGACUUGUUAAUAACCUGAGGAUUGUGUUCUAGAUUGAGGGAAAAUUAUUUUACGUAUUCUGCUUUGAGAAUGAGCUUUUAUUCAAGUUAAUUUAAUUCGAGUUAAUGUUACACCACUGAAAACGGUUAAAUAGUCGAGGCCAACAUGUAGAAAAUGUAUUAAAAUGUAUUUUUUUCUACUUAGGAUUCAACAAUGAUUAAAAUAAUAGCAUUUAGAAAAUUAUGCACUAGGACAGUUUAAUUUCUGUAUAGUUGACAAUUUUGAGCUUAAAGUGUUACAGACGGUUAAAAUGUCAUGUUGAAAUGCUUUUAGUAUUGGUGUGGGAUUGUGCAAAAAAAUAUUGCUUGGUAAAUUAAAUCAACGUAUAUUUAAUGGGACUGCAAUUAUUAAUCCAUGGUGAUGUUUUGGGAUUUAUCAAGCAAGAUUUUCAUACAGCUGUUAAGGUAUACCUCAAUCUAGAUUUGAAGCUUUCGUGACUGCAGGAAUCCAUACUCUUUGUUUUUUUCGGUAAAGUCACAUAGGUAUAAAAUAAAUUAAAACUAAAUAAAAUAACGACGUUUCGGGCGCAACACAAGCGUCUGUCAUCAGGUGGGAAAGCAUGGCCUACUGCUGAUGCAGACUUUUAAAGGUUUGAAAUGGGUGGAGCCCAAGGGUUAUAAAGGAGUGGCUGGGUCUAGUGAUGUUAAUGUGAGAAAUUAGCAUGUAACUGGGUACGGAAGUGGCUAUAUUAAUGUAAGAGAUUAGCAUGAUGUUAAAGUGAGAAAUUAGCAUGUAACCGGGCACGGCAGUAGCUAUGAUGAUGUGAGAGAUUAGCGUGAUGUUAAAGUGAGAAUUUAGCAUGUAACUGGGCACGGCAGUAGCUAUGAUGUGAGAGAUUAGCAUUAUGUUAAAGUGAGAAAUUAGUAUGUAACUGGGCACGGCAGUAGCUAUAAUGUGAGAGAUUAGCGUGACUUCACGGAGGUAUACCAUGGGAACCUCAUUUGCCAGUAAAAAUAUAAUUGGUUUUUUACCCUUCUAUCUGGCAACAAAACUGACACCUUUUUACAAGGAGUCAUGUUUGCAUAGACCGCAAUACCUGCAGUCAUAAUACAAAAGACAUAACUCUGAUGUGCACUGUCCUUGAAGUUGAUUGGUCCACACCCGAGACAGCUUUCCUUAGAGCCUAGUCUCACAUGGGUUGGACCAGAUGACGCCAAGUCUUUGAGUUGUGCGCCAGAUAGAAGGGUAAAAAACCAAUUAUUCACAGAGGUAUAUUUUAUUUUAUACCUACGUGACUUUACCGAAAGAACCAAAGGGUAUGUAUACCUCAAUAUUUUACCUAUAAACAUGAGUUGCACCUUUUAUACAAAAAAAGCCAUAUAGUUAUUAACGUUUGGUUUAGAAUUUAGACUUUGUUCAUCUUUUCAACUGUAAUUAUUUAGUUGAUAUGUAUAUACAAAAAGUGCCAUCUACUGAAAUGGGAAGGGUAAAAUAGCUGAUUUUUGUUGUAAUUGUGUCGUGUAUAAUUUCGGUUAUUAGUUUGUUUUACAUGACCAUCGUUGCAGUAUAUUUCAAUUCCCAAAGCCAGCAAUGUCAAGAGGAUUUCUUAAUAUGUUUAUACACGUUUUUAAUUGCCUCUACUGGCCUAUUUUAAAAAAAUGGUCAGGGUUGUAACCAAGUAGCUGCUUGUGCUUCACAGAAGUCGCUUGCAUAAAGAGUCAUCCUUGCUAUCCAAAUUGUUAGUGAAUACAAAUUUACAUGAACCAAAUGAAACAUUGACAAAUGCAAAUGACAAUAAAAUCAACAUUUUAAUGCAGGGCAUAUAACCGGAAAUUAUAUUCUUACGACAGAACCCUAAAUCAAAUAAGUAUAUAAUUAUACAUGUAUAAUGUACAUCAACAGCAUACAGUUUAUUUACUAACUUGAAUCAAUUAAUCCAAGUGCUUUUGCUGCUGACAACUUCGUUAGUUGAAUGAAGAAAAAAAAAUUCAACUCCUGAAGAUGCCCGCAGCACUAAAUAAGCUACUGCACAAACAUACAUGUUAAAUCGAAUCAGUUAGGUGUAUAACUGCAAAGGUUACACUUACAUGUAACACAAAUAUGGUUAAAAUAUACACUUGUAACAGUGUAUGUGCAUGAAUUUAUGAUCGGUGUAAACCUUGAAUACUGAGUGGCAGUGACACUUUAAAAUUUAAAUAAAAAAACUAUUGUAUGGAAUUUAGGAUACUGCUUUUGAAAUAAGAUUUAAGUUCUAGAAUGUAUAGGUGUACCCUGAUAUACUUAAAAUACUUUGAUUUACGAUUUGUUAA